CUGAAUUUCCAUCCGAUCAGCUGAAAGGAACCAAGGCCUGUAUGUGCUACACGUGCUUAUGGUAUCGUAAACGUAUACUCACAUUUGUACAUUAAAUUUCACUCUUUGGAAUCUCAGACAUUACUUAUCAAAAUGCCGAAGGUUAAAGCCGAGAAAAAAUCUCGAAAACAUCAGGAGGUGAAGAGUCAAGGAAUUAUGUUCAAUACUGGUAUUGGUCAGCAUAUUUUGAAAAACCCUUUGGUUGUCAACGCCAUCAUAGCAAAGGCAGCACUACGACCAACAGAUGUGGUUUUGGAAGUAGGUCCUGGAACUGGUAACAUGACCGUCAAACUCCUGGAGAAAGCCAAGAAAGUUGUUGCAUGCGAGUUGGACACAAGGCUUGUUGCUGAGCUUCAGAAAAGAGUCCAGUGCACUCCAAUGCAGAACAAGCUUCAGAUCCUCAUAGGGGAUGUCCUAAAGGCGGAGCUCCCCUUUUUUGACUUGUGCGUGGCUAACUUGCCUUAUCAGAUAUCAUCGCCUUUCGUGUUCAAACUGUUACUUCACAGGCCAUUUUUUAGGUGUGCCGUGCUGAUGUUUCAGAGGGAAUUUGCCAUGCGCUUAGUGGCUAAACCAGGAGACAAGCUAUACUGCAGAUUGUCCAUCAACACACAGCUCCUAGCCCGGGUGGAUCAUCUCAUGAAGGUAGGAAAAAACAACUUCAGACCGCCUCCAAAAGUAGAGUCCAGCGUGGUGAGGAUAGAGCCCAAAAAUCCUCCGCCGCCUGUCAACUUCCAGGAAUGGGAUGGUCUUGUCAGAAUUGCAUUUGUUCGAAAGAACAAAACGCUCAGUGCUGCCUUCAAGUCAGCUGCAGUUGAGCAAUUACUGGAAAAGAACUACAGAAUUCACUGUUCUGUGCACAACAUAGAAUUACAACAGGAUUUCAACAUUGCUCAGAAAAUUGAUAGCAUCCUUCAAGAGUCAAAGUUUAGUGAAAAGAGGGCACGCUCCAUGGAUAUAGAUGAUUUCAUGGUGCUUCUUCAUGCAUUCAACUCUGCCGGGAUACACUUCUCCUAAGACUUAAGGAACAGGGGACAGUUACUAGGUUGACAGGAAGUGAUGUCACAGUCUUCUUGGAUUCUAGUUAUUGCUUUCAUCCAUGUGAAGAAAUGAAAGGCAUUUCUUUUUAUUGGACAUUCAGUGGGACACUCAAUCUCUCAGGCUGGGAAUUUUUUGUGCCUAUGCUCAAUGAUGAAAUAUUUAUGGACUUCUUUCUGAGGUAAACCUUUAGUUGUGUGCAUGCUGACUGUUAAGAGGCUUUGAAGAGGACGUCUGUAAUGGCUUCUUACAACUUUCAGCUUUAUGUACUCUGAAGUUGUGAGUACACCAGUUUACUUUUCGUAUAACUGAUGCUAUUGUAGAGAAUAUUAGUCUUCAUCCCCAUCAGUCUCAGCAGUAUACACACACACACACACACACACACACACUGCUAUCCUGCCCAUUACUGUUCAAUAUUGAACUGUCAAAUUGAGAAAUAACCUGCUAACACUUCACAAUAAGUGAGUUAACAUUAGUUGGUUAACAUUAGUUAAUGUAUUAAGUGUCAUGAAAUAAUUAUCGACUAUCAAUGAGCGGCAAUUUUUGCAGCAUUUUUUAUUUAGGUUAAUGUAAAUGUAUAAUUAUACUAAUUGCUAAUUCAAGUUUGUUUAUAAUACAUUAAAUUUAUAAAAAUUAGCAUUUUAUUAAUAGAUUAAUAAAUGCUGUAAAAGUAUUAUUCAUUGUUAGCUAUUGCAUUAACUGUUAACGAGUUGAAACUUAUUGUCAAGGUGUUGCCUAUAAAUCUUUAUUAACAUUCUACCCACAGUUAAUGUUACUAGUAUGUAAACUGAUGUGUAAAUAUAAUUGCUAAUUGUGUAAUAGGUGAUUGACCUGUUCUCAGAUUCAUUUAAGGCAUUUUUCUUAGGAAGGCUUAGCUGUACAAGUUGAGUAAAACCAUGGAAAAUCAUGUUUUGUGUUAAAUCUGCAUACAAAUUUAAAAGAAACUUGAGAGAACUGUUUUGCUCACCAUAUGUGAGACUUUUCAGUAGUGUGUUUCUAUUAUGAAUCACUUUGAACUCUUCAAAGAUGCACUCAACUGCUUUAAAUUGUUCUGUCAAGCAGAGUUUCAGAUCCUCCUUCUGUUUUGGUGUGGGAGGAAAGUUAAAGAUGGAAAUCUGAACUUGGGGAAAGUUGCUUUGAUGCAACAAUUAUAUGGUGAAGUUUUUUGCUGUAUGAUAAGCAACACUUGAGUUGGCAGUAAAAUCUUGAAUACACUACUUGUGCAAUGAUUUGUUUUCACAAAGAAAUUUUUCAAAGCUUUUGAUUACAUUGUUAGGCUGACAAAUACUUUUUAGGGAGUCUAUAAACACUUCACCGUACUCCGCAUUCUCUUGAGUAUGAAUACAAAUGAAUGACUUCAAUGAGGCCUUUUGUGCACCAUACUAAUGUGGGCAAUCCCCAAGAUUCUGAGUGUACCCUGCUGUGAAAAAACAAACAGACAAAAAAACAGCUUAAACCAACCUGGGAUCUGUGGCCAGUUGCAUAAACUGCUUAGACUAGUCUUACAAGCAAGUCAUUCAUUUUUUUUUCUUUAAGACUAGUCAACAUUUUUUUUUUUUUAAGUCCGUUACAUAAAAUAGAUUAGUCUAAUUUGAAUCCCAAAAAUUAAGACAGAUUACCUCUUGUCUAACUGCUAGCUGGUCAGACUAGUUCUUACAUUCUUAACAUAGUGGUGGUAUUUAUCCAACUGGGCCCUAGUUUGUCUGUUGGAUAGUUUUAGAAGGAUUUUGGGCACAUUUUAGCUGGUCUGACUUGUUUAAACCAGUCUUUUUUUUUUCUUUCAGCCAUGUACACUCUACAGACUUGAAUAAAAAUGCCAACUAAUGGUGAUCAUUCACAUGA